AUGAUAUGUCGACUGGGACGAGCCAAAGUGGACUUUGAACACAUUGAAACUCCUCAGCAUACUAGCACUGGUCAUGCCACAAUAGUAGGCGUUGCUGCACCAUGGGUAAAGUCAGUAACACUUCUCGUGAGAGAUUGUCGGUGCGAGCAAAGUCCUACGAAGCGCCGGUCUCUGCAUGCAGGCUGCGUCGAGAGAGGAAUGCUGGCUCCACAUCCACAUGCAAGUUGUGGUGGAGUCAAGCCCUUGGCCUACGGCAUCUUGAAGAUCUCCUUCCUUCCUUUCUAUGUACGAAAGCGACAGAACAACUACCCUCUUCUCCCUACCGGUCAGCAACAUCUCCAUCACGAUAGCAACACCAUGCGUUUCGAAGUCAUUGCUCUCAUGGCCUUCGCCGCCCUGGCGUCCGCCACCCUCGCACCGAAUUACACCUCCAAAGCCGGCGUGGAAAUCUACAACCCAUCUUCCUUCUUCAACACAACCGGGCCAUGGAGCUUAAUGUCCCGAGCUGGCGACUAUCUCUACAUCUCUGGCAUGCGCGGCAUCCACCAAGAGAACAGCACCCUUACACCAACCGGCUUGCCCCGCGUCCGCAAAGCAUACGAGAACAUGCGUGAUCUCGUCGAGCUGGCCGGCAUCGAAUUGACAGAUUGUGCCCGCCUCGUUGUGUAUGUGACCGAUAUGUAUAGGUACAGACCCAUGUGCAACGAAGUACAGAUCGAGCUUUGGGGUGAGGAUGCGAGUCGGUAUCCGCCGAGGACGAUUCUUGAAGUUGAUCGGUUGAAUGAUGAUGAUACCGUUGAGGUUGAGGGCACGUUCUACUGGCCUAGGGUGUGA